AUGCCCAGUCCGGUUGUUGGGAGGUACUGGUACCCGGCAGAGGCGGUGCCCAUCGCUGCCGUCCCCAUCACGCUGGGCGUCUUCCUCAACUCCUACUACGACGUGAAGUUCAGCGUCCUCGGCAUGGCCUUCGCCACCAUGGGCGUCCUGGUGACCUCCCUCUACCAAGUGUGGGUAGGAGCUAAGCAGCAUGAGUUGCAGGUAAACUCCAUGCAGUUGCUGUACUAUCAGGCACCCAUGUCCUCAGCUAUGUUGUUGUUCAUCAUACCCUUCUUUGAGCCAGUCUUUGGAGAAGGAGGAAUAUUUGGGCCCUGGACGCUUUCUGCUGUGAUAAUGGUACUGCUGUCUGGAGUAAUAGCCUUUAUGGUAAACUUGUCCAUUUACUGGAUCAUUGGAAAUACAUCACCUGUCACGUAUAACAUGUUUGGACACUUCAAGUUCUGCAUCACGCUCCUGGGAGGGUGCCUCUUAUUUAAGGAUCCACUGUCUGUUAAUCAAGGCCUUGGGAUUCUGUGCACACUGUUGGGCAUUUUAGCUUACACCCACUUCAAGCUUAGCGAGCAGGAAAGCAGUAAGAGUAAAUUGGUUCAGCGUCCCUAAAGCAAGGGGUUCUGGAGAUCAGUAAUAUUGUGAAGGAAAACAAGUAUUGAAAUAUGCAUUGAUUCUAGAAUGCACAAAAUUGCCUCGUUCAUUUAGAUCUGUGGUUUUAGUUUAACUGCCAGGAUUGUUAUUCUGUAACUAAACCGAACAAACUGAAUUAUGUAAAAUGCUGGGGUUUGACAUCUCAGUCCGUCCUAUCGUGUUCAUAAAAUUUAAAUGGUAACUUAAAAGAGAAGAAGGCACACUUCAAAUUGCUGUGGAAAUUGUACUGAAGUAAUUAUAUUUUU